AAUAAAUGAAUAAAUAAAAUCCACCCGAUUUGCCACCCUUAAUUGCAAAAUAUUGCCUUUUGUCCCUAUUUUUCGCCCUUCACAGAAACAAAAGUGAAAUUUUAUUCUACUGUUGAAAGUAAAAGGAGACUCGUUUCUGAAACUCGUUCAAGGCUGAGCUCCUCCCCACGAUCUGCGCGACCACACCGCAAAACCUUCUCCCCUCAGCAAUGGAGUUCUGCCCUUCUGUGAAGAACAUUCUCCUUCUUGAUUCAGAAGGGAACCGUGUUGCGAGCAAGUUCUAUUCAGAUGACUGGCCUACUAACAAAGCGAAGGAAAAUUUUGAGAAGGCUGUAUUUACCAAGACUCAGAAGACAAAUGCCCGAACUGAAGCGGAGAUAACUAUGUUUGAGAACAACAUCAUUGUAUACAAGUUUGUUCAAGACCUGCACUUUUUUGUUACCGGAGGUGAAGAUGAAAAUGAAGUUAUCUUAGCCUCUGUUCUUCAGGGAUUUUUUGAUGCUGUUGCUAUUCUACUCAGGGACAAUGUUGACAAGAGGGAGGCACUCGAAAAUCUGGACCUCAUUCUGUUAUGCAUUGAUGAAAUUGUUGAUGGCGGCAUUAUUCUGGAAACUGAUGCAAACAGCAUUGCAAGUAAAGUUUCAACUCAUAGUAUCGAUUCUGGAGCACCACUAUCUGAGCAGACUAUUAGUCAGGCAUUGACAACUGCACGCGAACAUCUCGUGAGAUCCCUUUUACAGUGAUGAUGUGUAGGAUUUCUAGUUCAAAAUAUGACAACAAAGGUUAUGCUGCAGAAGACUUGACAUAAUGUAGUUACUACAGUUUGGUGAAAUGUUGCUUCGGAUUUUAUUUUUCUUCCAUUUUCACUUCUCAAUAUCAUUCAGAUUACGGCUUUUGACUACUCGUGACUUUACAAACGAUGUGUGAAUUGAUCUGAUUUGUUUCCGUUCA